AUGGGUAUUUUGGCUAUAUUGUUCAUAAUAUACCUUGUUUCUUCCUUUAAGUCACUUCCAGGUGCUUAUUUCUUCAGGUUCUAUUACUACACUUUUGGGAACAUCAUUAGCCCAUACUUCUUUGGUAAAGAUACUGCAAUUAUCAAGAAACUUCAGUCUAACAAGUAUGGAUGCUUUGCCUAUGCUGAAUUAGAUACUUAUGCGUCCCCUUUUGAGUGUGAUUUUUAUUUCCACAAAAGUAACAGCACUUACUUCGAGGAAUUAGACAUAUCUAGAGGUGAUUUGAUGACUAAGAUCUUCCAAAAAUUGUUUAUUAACGCUAAGAAAUGGCCUUACGUCCCUGUCGCUAAUGUUUUUACCAAUUUCUUGAAAGAGAUCAAACCAUUCCAAAAGUAUGCAGUGAAGUCAUCCAUCCUAUGCUGGGAUAAUAAGUGGAUAUAUGUCAUGAGUAAGUUCACAACAAACAAUGGUAAGAACCUAUGCUCUUUGUCCUUAACUAAGUAUGUCUUGAAAGAUGGGAGAAAGACAAUUCCACCAAGCGAGGCUCUGGAAUUCUGUGGUCUAUAUAACGAAGAAGUGGAGAAGAUCUCUGCCAGAAAUCUAGAGAUCCUGACAAAACAAUCUGGCUUUCAUGAAACAUCUCCAAUUGAGCAAUUAGAUCAUGAAUAUUUCAGAAUAUAA